CCUCCUCCCAGGACUGUUUCAGCUACUUCUUCAUCACGUUCCUAUGGGACUUGUGGGGUGAGGUCUAUCUGGUGCUGGUUGUUACUCAGUUUAAUUUGUUCCAUAACUUUACAAAUAUUUUAGUACCACAGUGGCAGAGCUCUAUAGGUGAAACCCGUACACACCACAAAAGCAAGAAAGCAUUUUAGUUUUUCCCAAGGUUGCUGCAGACAGUUUUCAGGCUCCAUUCUCUUGCUUAUAGGAAUUUUUCCACAUUUUCUAAACAUCCAUGCAACACGAACAGUUCCUGCUAUAGAGGAAGAGUGAAAUAAGGAAUUGGCAAAAGCCUAAGUAACCCUGAAGAUUCAGAGGAACUGAAGCAAUACUAUCACGCCUCUUAGUGGAAGGAAGCUGUCAUAAAGCAUGCAUAGCUUCUUUAGUCAUGUAAACCAAUGGUGCAGCUUGACAGUACCAGUGUUUUAGAAGGGAGCAGUGGUAUAGUUCUCUAAAUAAUUUGCCUUGAAAGUCUUUUUCAACAAAAUGUUAAUUGAACCCAUUUUUUAAAAUGGGCCAGUUGAAACACAUCAGUGAGAUUGCUGGAAAUAAAUCUUCAGGGCAAAAGCUCUCAGCACUUGACCAGAUGAGAGCAAUUUUUUUAUUUAUUCUUUUUUUACUGUUCACAUCAUACAGUACUUCAAAAUUGCACCAAGCUAUGGACAAAGUGUAAUUUUUAUCAUCAGAAAGCAAAAGUCCCGGUUUGAGUUCAUUGUACAAGUGAUGGAUGCAGCAGUUUUAAAAUCAGUUUUGCUUGUCUUCAUAUCUGUGCAGAACAAUUCCAAUACAUGCAGAAUUACCUGUUAUUACUCUGUAGGAUGCAUGCUUUGUAGCUCAAGGUAAAUUUGGCUUUAACAGAAUCUGUGGCAGUUCAUUAUGAAGUAAAGUUUUGCUGAAUUAUUUUUACAAUGCAUGAACAGUUAAACCUUUAACAGAUAUUUGAUCUUUCUGUCAGCUGCAUCUAUAGACUUUUAGUAUAUUAAAAGUUAACAUGCUUCAGAUUUUUGCAGUCUGUGUUUUUUCUAGUUAAAAGUCACAGGGACCGGCUCCUGGCUGUCAGUUUUCAGGAACUGUGUGAAUUCCCAUGUGCCACUGUAGUUAGGCUUUGGGAAGGAGCAGGCGGAGACCAUCGUGUCGGCACUAAUAACCCUGUCAAACGUUAGCUUGGACACUGUCUAUAAGGACAUGGUCACGCAGGCUCAGCAGGUGAAAACCAAUCUGUGGUGUGGAGCUGUAAUGGCUCAUACUUGCAUCUUUAAAGCACAAGAAAUAACUUUACAGCAGAUAAUGGCACAUUUGGACUCCAUUCGAAAAGAUAUGGUCAUCCUGGAGAAAAGUGAAUUUGCAAACUUGAGAGCCGAGAAUGAGAAAAUGAAAAUUGAAUUAGAUCAAGUUAAACAGCAGCUAAUGAAUGAAACUGGUAAAAUCCGAGCUGACAGCAAGCUAGACAUAAACCUGGAGAGGAGCAGGGUGACAGAUAUGUUUACAGAUCAGGAGAGGAAACUGAUGGAAGCAACUACAGAGUUUCAUAAAAAAGAUUCAAGUACCAAUAGCGUUAUCUCAGAAAUCAGUAAUAAAAUUGACACUGAAAUAGCUUCCUUAAAAACACUCAUGGAAUCGAAUAAACUUGAUACGAUACGUUAUCUGGCAGCUUCAGUGUUCACUUGCCUGGCAAUAGCACUGGGAUUUUACAGGUUCUGGAAGUAGAUCUGAAUGGAAUGACUGCAUCUAAUACAGACAGAGAAAAGGCCACCCAGGCCAACAGUAGUUCGAUGAUCAUGUUUGCACUGUGGAUAACCUUGGUACCUUUUUGAUUUGAUAUUCUUACUGUAUAAGAAAAAUGUUUUCUGAAUAUGUAACACUAAAGAUCAAAAUAAUUGGGGGGAAGUAGCCAAAUAGUAAUUUUGUUGUCUCUUGUUCAGUAAUGUAUUAAUUUCAAAGUAUUUCUUAUUCUAUACCACUAAGUGUUUCCUGAUAUUUUUUAUAAUUAAAUUUGGUUUUCCAACUUUCUCACUCUCAGCUCCUCUUAAAAUGGAAAUAUUAAACAUUUUAUAGGACCUUGAAAUGCAAAUACAAUUCUUAAAUUAGUGUUCCCAGUAUGGGGAUACUAAUACCAGAUUACAAUACAUCUACUCUGAUCCAAGUAUAUUAAUCUUAAACAUAGCUUCUGGAUUUUUGUCUUCAGUCUGUUCCUCUCUUUUCUGAUGGAUUGAAGCCUGGCCCUUUGGGGUUUUUAUCUACAUACAUAAAAACGCACUCCAAGGCCUUUAUUGAAGAACCCCUUUUUCUUGAAAACUAGUUUACAUAAAGUUAAAAUCUUAUGUACAACUAAAAUGUCUCCAUAGAUUUAUUUUCUUUAGUAUCUCUUGCAAUGUCCGUAACCCCAGAAGUCGGUAGAAUGGGGGAACUUCUCUGUCUUUGUCUUUCCAAGGGGAAAUGCCACUACUCUGAGCAACCAUGUACAGCCCUGGGGCAGAUAAGUACUCUUAAUUUCUCCCUUUCAGGUAGUGCAGAGUAUUUCUAAUGAACCCAGACAUAUUUUCUGGGCACACUAACAUGGAAAUACUCAGCAUCUCAGUGGUGCCGGUGUGGUGGUGGUGGUAGUGGUGGUGGUGAUCCUCCUCCCAUCUCCACACUCCUCAGGAUUGUUCUGUAAUCCUGACACACUGACUUUCCUAACCCAUCUGCCUUCUGCAAGGACUUGGAAACUUUUGUUGUAGAGAUGCAACAUAGCAGGUGGAUGCCUUCAAAACUGAAGCAGUCACAUCUCAAGUACAAAUGCAUAUGCUUGGUUUGAUUCUUGUAGUAAAAUAAUAGUUUUUAAAGUCCUUCUGGAUUAACUUCGAAAUAAGAAUGGGCCCUUUAUGGGCUAAGGACUAUGUGGUAGUGAGUAGUGGCAAUUUUUUUUAUUGAGGUUUUAUUCUGUUUACAGUUGAACUUGCUGGUAUUCUGCUAAUUCUUAUAUUCUAUGCAUUAAAUUAUUUAUUAUCUUCAUUCAAGAAAAUAAAAUUAAUUUCUUAUAUUUGC